AUUAUAAAUAUAACUUUUGUUCAUUACCAUUCCUAUUUAUUCUUAUUUAUUAAUUAUUAUUUAUAAGUCUCAAUUGGAACUCAUGAAUAGAGGAGGCCCUUGAGAUGGGUCUCAUGGACAAAAAUCAGUAGAGUAAAUUCGAUAAGAAUAUUUCGCGAAUGCGGAUUUUAAAGUAGAAUCAUUUUUGAGAAUAGUUCAUGCAUAAAAAAAUUUCCUAUUGUGCUUGUAGUUCAUGUUUUAUCCAUAGCUAUCGCUGAAGUCGUUGAAUAUGCUACGAGCAAAAAGUGUAUAAUAGCCUUAAAUGAUAUACAAAUAAAAGUGAAUUUAUGUUCUUAUAAACGAAAUCAAAUAAUUUGUUUUUUUUUGUCUAAUUCGCACUUCUAAUAUUGAAAACUUUAAUAACAUUAAAGCGCAUUAUUUAGAUUAUGCAGGAAUUUCCUUACAUAUUGUCGGAAUGCGAAGAAAUAAAUCAAGUGUUACACAAGCCUAUAAACUCGACACAAAGAAUUAAGUAUACAUGCCUUAAUGUUUCACAAAAUUACAUUAUACUUGGAUCAACUAGUGGAAGUAUCUACCUCUUCAACAGAGAACCAUGUACUUUUCGACAAUUAAUACCAUUAUCGGAAGGCAUAGUCUCAAAUGUUUCAAUAUCACCUGAUGAAAAAAUCAUAGCAUUAGCUACAACGCGUGGAAUAAUAUGUGUUGUUACUUUAAAACCAACUAUAAAAUUAAUUGCUACAUCGAAUGAACAUGCUUAUGAAAAAAUUAUGUGCCUCUGUUGGAAUGAUAAUAGUUCUGAAAUAUAUAUUGGUGAUGGCACUGGCAAAGUUUCUGCAAUUGUAUUAACCGUUUUUACAAUGAAUGGAAUGUUUCAAUCACCAUCCUGUACAUUAAUGAAUUUAGAUUCGAGUAUUGUACAAUUAAAUUUUUCAUCACCUUUUUUAUUGAUAUCAACUUUAACACGCUGUUAUAUAUGUGAUACAGUUCAUGAACAAUAUAAACAAAUAGGUAACAAAGCAAGAAAUGGAGAAUUUGGUGCAUGUUUUUAUAAAAUACAAAUCGAUGAAAAUGUUAAAACUUCGACUGCUGUUAAAAAGGGGCAAGAUAUUGUUAAAAAGAAAAGUUCAUUUAGUUUUAUUUCAGAAAGUAAUAGUAAUAUAUCAGAGUCUAUUUCACCAAAAAUUUUUUGUGCCCGACCUGGUUCAAGAUUUUGGGAAGUAUCUGCGAGUGGUGUAGUUUUAAAAACUCAUCAAUUUAAAGAAUUAUUAGCGAUACCACCUAUGAAAAUACAUAAAGUAACUAAGCAAGCAUUAGAACAAAGAAAAUAUAUUAAUCAUUCAUGGACUUCACAAUCGAUCAAUUUUCCUCAAUUAUUUGUAAUUGCUUCCAAGUAUUUAUUUUCUUACACAUCUAAUGGCUUAUAUAUUCUUGAUCUUGUGAAUCCAAAUGUAAUACUAUGGAGUAAUGAGUUUACAAACAUUACAAUGGUAGAUGUCAUAGAAAAUAAAAUAUAUUUAAUGAUCUCUGAUAAUGAGUUCCAUUGUUUAACACUUUAUACGCUUGAUGCAUUAAUAUUGCACUUGUAUUAUACUAAACAGUAUUACAAUUGCUUAGAAACUUGUAUUACAUACAAAUCGCAGCUAUCGAAAUUAAUUAAUGAUAAAUAUAUCAAUGACAUCUACGGUAUUGAAACUAAUCAACGAAAAUUGGAGAACGAUGAGAUAUCAGUAUUACUGCAACCAUUAAUUUCUAUACUGAAAUCAAAUUUAAAUUCUAGUCCUAUCAAAUUAGAUUCGGGUAUUGUUGUAGUUAAUUCAGGAAACUUGAAACAAAAAUUUAACGAAGAUCAACAAAAUAAAUUGACACAACAAAUUUGUUCAUCUUCCGAAUCUAUUCAAAUAUCCUCUAUACAAAAUACACCUUCGGAUAUUAAAAAUAUAUUAGAAUUAAACAGUAAUCUAUCAUCUACAUUAGAUGAAAAUUUAAUAAAAAAGAUACAAAUUGAUUUAGAACCUAUAUGUACAUUAUCUAGCAGCAUGAAAAUCUCAAUGACUGAAAAAGAGAUGGAAAUGUUUAUUCUUGAUAUACGUAAAAAAAUGGACAAUAUCGAAUGUUUAUACAAAACUUUACCUCAGUUUAAAGAUUUGGCAUGUGAUAUAAUACAUAUUGCCAAAAUUAAUUUUACCAAAACAUUUUUGACAAAUGUAUCGAUAGAAUUAUUACGUUCUACAAUGAAUAUGAUUAUUACAGAUCAUUUUAUAGGUGCUUUCAUUCUUAUAAAUACAUCUAAUUAUAAGGAAUGUACCUGUGGUUUUCCAUUUCCAAUAGAUCAAAUAAAAGAGCCAAGCUUUUUAGAAAUUGGCAAAACUCUUUUACAAAAACUUGUAAAUAGAAGUACAGAAAGAUGUAUACAUUUAUGUAAUAGAGUACCUUAUAUGUGGAGAGAAUAUACGACUUUGUAUAUAAAAGAACAAUACGCUAUAGAAGACAUAUUACGACAAUGCCUUUUAACUCAAGAUAGUGUUACAUUGUCAAUUAUUUUACCAAUAUUAGAUGUGAAUCAGUGGAAAUUGAUUACAAUGUAUUUAAAAAAAAUGAAUGAUAAAAAGUGUCUCUCUUGUGAAAAAUUAAUAACAUUAGAAACAAAUAUUUCUUCAAUAAAUUGGAACAGAGUAAUAUUUGAAGUUAUGAAAAGGGAUGGCCCAGAUAUAGCUAUGGUAUUUUUUAAAAAAUUGGAAAUGUUACUUCCUCUCGAAUCAUUUGAUAAAAGUAUAUUUCAGUCGUUUAUAUUUUCGAAAAUUUUACAUCAUCAUGGCAUGCAAUUGGCAGUAGAUUUUAAAUCCAAUUCCAAUAUAUAUGGAUAUAAUACAAUGUGUUCCACAAAGAUUCGAGAUCAAUUAAUAAAGGUAUUAAAAAGAGAUAUAGCUCGAUUUGAUAACAAAAAUAUAUUAAGCACUGGUGCUCAUCAUUGGGGAAUGCAAUAUAAAUCUAAAAAUAAGUCAUCGACAUGUCCAUGUUGUACUCUUUCUCUCCAAACAUCAGUUCUCUUAGAUAAUAAUGGUAUAGCAAUUUUCCCCUGUGGUCAUACAUAUCAUGUAAAUUGUAUGAUAGAAAAAAAACUCACUAAAUGUAAUCUUCAUUGAUGAAGUAUAUAUAUAGACAUAUAUAUAUAUAUAUAUACUUAUAUAUAUAUAUAAUAAAAUAAAAGAAAUAUAUAUAUAAAAUAUUGGAAAAAACUUUUUGUACAUUCUAUCAAAUAUUAUAGUGCUGAAAUAAUUAAUGAUAAUAGCACGUGCGUUAUGGUAGUAGAUCAUACAAAAUGUAUAUAUUCUUUGUACUUAAAAGAUCGUCUAAAAAGACUGUAUAUCAUAAUAUAUUUAUUAUAAUUUAAUAUAAUCAUUUUUUUGUUUGUAUUAUGUUUCUUUUUCUGAAAAAUCUAUCUUACACAUUUACAUAAUACCUGACAUUUCAUAUAACGAAAACCCUUUUCACAAUUUUAAUAUUUUCUAUAUAAUAAUAAAUAUCAUAUAUAUUUCAUAAUUAUCACAGAUACAUCAGUCUUUCUUUUUUCUAAGUUUGCUUACAGUGCAGGAUUUGAGAAUCACAUAUUUUAUUCUAAGAGAGAUAAAUAACAUUAAUUCUUUUAAACUUACCUUACUCAAUGCUAUUGUCUCUUAUAUGAUAUUUAGAAAGAAAAAUAUUAGAAUAAAAGCAAAAUCCUGUAAAUUACUUCAUAUAGCAUUUCCUUAAUUUAAUUUUCAACUUGAAUAAAUCUAAUAAAAAUAUUUAAAUUUGUUUUUCUCAAAUUCACUUCAUUCAGUAUAGCACUGUCAUCUAUAAUAUGAUCCCUUUUUAUACAUCUACUUUGAAUAUUACUAUAUUAGAUAAUUAUCUAAACAUGUUUCAAUUAUUAGCAUAAUUGCCAGAACGGAAUCUGCAUAUACGGUAAUGCAUUAUACAAAAUAAAUAAAAUAAAAAAAUUUGUUAUAUAAAGAAUAAAAAUAUUAACAUUUUUUAUAUAUAGCUGCACUUAUUUAUAAUUGCAGCAAUUAGAUUUUUUUAUGUAAGUAAAACUGCCUUUAUAGGUGAAACUUCUUAAGAUUAAUUAAUAUAUAAAAUAUACCAGAUUAUUUUUUACGUAAAACUUUAACAUUAGAAUAUUAAUGUUUAAUACUGUCAUUCUAUAAGAUCAAAUUUGACUAGAAAAUUAAAUUUGUAGUUUACUUUUUUGAGACUUAAUACUAUAACACACUAGACACUUACAUGAUAAAAAAAUAUUCACAAUGAGAACGAUAUUUUAGAUCCCAUUCCUUUUUGCAUUAUAAUAUGACAAAAUAAAACAUUGCUUAUUCAUUUUAUAUGCAAAAAAAAAAUAUGUUUGCCAUUGAAAUGGGAAGAUUUAAAUUACCGUUAUAUAGAGUAUGAUAAUAUCAUGCAUAAUUUGUGCGUAUUAUUCUGUGUAUCGUUAUUUUCCUUCAAAUAAUAUAAAUUAUAAUAUCGUCGUUCUUUAUUGUGGUCUGUCUUAUGAUAAUAAAUAUAAUUAAUUAAAAAUUUUUUAUGUGUAACUUCGGUAAAAUAAAACAAAUAUAGAGCGAUUAACAAAUGGCAGACCACAAACAAAAACUAUAUCAUUAUUAUAUAUCGAUAAAUUUAUGAUAUAUAUAUAUAUAUUAUAUAUAUAUACAUUUACACGAAGAGCGAUUAUGAUACUUAAAUUUACAAUAUAAAAAUGUAAUAUACUCUAACUCUUUUUAUCACUACGUCAUUCUUAAAUGCAUUAAAAACUAUGAGCUGCUUUUGAUAUGUAACUUACCCUUAACUCCACAUACAAUCGUCCAGUGAAACUACACUGGAAAAUUAUUAAAUUUAUCUAAUGAGAAAUGUGCAUGUAUAUAUAUACAAAAAAAAUUAAAGAUUCUUUAAAAAGAAUCGAAAAAAUGCGACAUUGUAUGAUGGCAUAAUGAUUGCAGCUGAGAAAAGUUGUGUAGUUACAUCUUAAUAAUAGCAUAAUAUGCACAUAUUAAAUAAAAGGUAUACAUAUAGAGAAACAGAUAUAGAGACGUGAAGAAUGAAUAUGAUUUGAAUAAAGAAUUACUACUUUGAAAAAAAAAAAAAAAAAUGCGCAUAAUAUGCAAUUUUCUGUGUACGUGAAUUCAUUGUUUUGUUGGCGAUAAUAUAAUAUUCCUUCAAAGUAAUAUUAUACAAUUCUAUUCAUACAUUAGUCUGGACUAAGUUAUCACACGUGCAUUACUAUGGCCCAACAUAUGUGUUUAUGUAAUUAAUAACUUUUAAAGACGUUUUCAUAUAGAAAAAAUUUUUUCAAACUUUUACUACUUUUAUAUAUUGCAAGCGCACAUAUUAAUAUAUACUUAUAAAUAUAAUUGUAAUAAAUAUAUAUCUCUCAUACAAUUCAUAGAAUGAGACAUACAAUUGAAUAAUUGCAUUAAUAAUUAAAUAGAAUACAUGUACUUAUAGUCAUCGUAAUGAUUUUACCAUGCACUAAAUAUUUUUAUUCUAUUUAUGCAAGAUAAAAAAAUAUAAACCUAUUGAGAAAUAUUGAGAACACUUAGAUACAUCUUCUAGAUAUAUUACAUGACAAAUAGUACUAGGUAAAAUCAGAAAUAUAAACAAAUUUGUGCACCACAAUAUUAUAUACUUAUUGAUCGUACUUCAUAGAAGUUAAUUGAAAGCUUGCAAUAUUUAUAAUGUUUGUAUAUAUGCAGAAAUCAUAAAUACAUAACACAUAUGAGUCUUCUAAUACAAUCAGUAUUUAAACCAAACGUUAAAAAAUGUGAUAUUUUAUAUAACAUUUUUAGAGAAAAAAAAAUGAAAAUUAUAAGUUUAUCAUAUUAUCGUUCUUAAUAAAAAUAUUAAUAUCAAUUUAAUUGAAGUGAUAUUACAUUCUUGCUUUGAUUUUAGAAAUUGCAAGAUUUGAAAAGUUAAAUGUGUCUGCAUUAUCAUAUAAUACUACAUUUUAAAUUUUGCCCCAACCAUAUUGUGUAUUAUUAUUAACAUAUAUAAUUUCUUGGAAAAAUAAAAUUAUCCAAAAUGUGUUACAUAUCUAAGCAAUAUGUUGUAUAAAAUUAAGCAUCUC